CAUCUGCGCGCUGACAAUUAUUUGAAGAAAAAAACAACAAAUAAAUUAAAGCCAAAGUUGUAGCCAGCUGCAACAGCAACAGUUAAUUAACAAGUAUUAAAAGGCCUAGACGUUCAACGGCAGCUACUUAAGCAUCACCUUGCAACAAGCACACACAAGCACACACACACACAGCUAUAAAGAUGUCGUCUCGCAAAACUGCCGGUCGUCGUGCCACCACGAAGAAACGCGCCCAACGCGCCACCUCCAAUGUCUUUGCCAUGUUUGAUCAGGCACAAAUUGCCGAGUUCAAGGAAGCCUUCAACAUGAUCGACCAGAAUCGUGAUGGUUUCGUCGAGAAGGAGGAUUUGCACGAUAUGCUCGCGUCGCUGGGCAAAAAUCCCACCGAUGAUUAUUUGGACAGCAUGAUGAAUGAAGCACCCGGUCCCAUUAAUUUUACCAUGUUUCUGACACUCUUUGGCGAACGGCUGCAGGGCACAGAUCCAGAGGAUGUAAUCAAGAAUGCCUUUGGCUGCUUCGAUGAGGAAAAUAUGGGUGUGCUGCCCGAGGAUCGCUUGCGUGAGCUGCUGACCACCAUGGGUGAUCGUUUCUCAGAUGAGGAUGUGGAUGAAAUGUAUCGCGAGGCGCCCAUUAAGAAUGGCCUCUUUGACUAUCUGGAAUUCACACGCAUACUUAAGCAUGGUGCCAAGGAGAAGGAUGAGCAAUAGGCACGCGCCUUAUUUAUAUAUAUAUGUAUAAAUAUAUAUAAACGAUUAUGUUUUUUUUUUAAUACAUUUGCCAAACUUUAAUUUUGUUCUGUUUCCUAUAACAAUUUCUACGCAUUUAAAUUAUAAAAAACAGAAAAUUUUGUAACGUUUUUAUGUACGAUAAUUAAUUAGUAUGUCUGUGUAU